GGUCUAAACUGAAGAGGUCGCCAUGCCGAAGGAUCUUCUGUUACCAUUCUGCGUUGAUAAGGCAUAUAUAGAUGUACCGUAAUUGACACAUACACUAUUGUUAAGAUAAAGUUCAACAAUAGAUUGUUGCUUUUUCACACGUUGUCAAUAAAUCACUUGGUGUACAUCAGUUUUAAAAAUGCACUUCACUUGGGUUGUAUUCAUCGUCAACAUUCAUGUACUUCAAGCUGUUAAAGACAGAUCUAAUGACGAUUGUGCAAUGCGACUGAAGGAAACCGAAGAUGCUGUGAGGAAAAUGAAAGACACGAUAUCAUCAUUAAAUGAGACAGUGCAGGCCCUCCUAAGGUCGCAAGAAAGAACUAAACAGGAGCUGGAAAAUAAAUCAUUUUUAAAUGCGACAUUGCAGACCGUCCUGAAAUCCCAAGAAAGGACUACACAGGAGCUCACCGUUGAACGAAUGGCAAGGCCACAAAUGGAAAAGCAUUUUCUGAAAAAACAGGGGCUUAGUACCCGACAGAGUUGUGAGGAAACAGAGGUCGCGUUCUUCGCAUUUAUCGGAAGCCAACAACAUCUCAGCGCGGGCCAGAUCGCCGUGUUUGACCAAGUCACCACGAAUAUUGACACCACGGGUUCGAUCGGUGGAUACAGUGCGUCUACCGGCGUAUUCACGGCACCAGUAGACGGUCUUUACGUCAUUUCCGCCACGUUGAUGGCCCACUAUAAUCACGCGGCGCAUUAUAAUAUAGUACACGAAAACAAACCAGUGGCCACCAUCUUAGUAGACGGAAGUAACCACAAUUGGGACUCGGCGUCCACCUCGGUGGCUCUUGUUCUGUCUAAGGGUGAAAGAGUCUCGGUGAAGCAGUUGGAAGUUGGCGACCAUGCGCUGCAAGGGUCUGCAGUUGCCGGUGAGUCAUCUUUCUCCGGAUUUCUUCUUCACCAACACCUAGGCGGACUAGCACCCAUUGGAUAGUCUACAUUAGGACAUUUUGAAAUGCUUCUGUUAAUUGGCAAGGGAUGAAAUGAAACACGAAUAUA